AUGUGGAAUUCUUGGGCAAUAAUAACUGACUUUGUAGGACAACCAAUGGAAGCUUGGAUUUCUGAUAAUGAUGUGGUCAUUCGAAAUAUUAUUCAUAGAAAAGAACAUUUCAAUCUUAUUGAUUAUAGCCUUACAACUUUAUUACAACUUCAAUCCAAAAACAUAUUGACGACUACAUUGAAUUAUGAGUCAAAUAUUGGAAUUUUCAAGUAUGGAGAGAAAAUAUCGUUGUCAGAGUUAACAAAUAGAUUGGAUGGAGAACUGAAUCAAAUUGUUACAUCUUUCAAGGAUGCAAAUGAUUGGGAAAUAGCCAAUGAAAAGAUGUGGUUAGAAAAGUUUUAUGCAGAU